AUGGGUCCCAAGAAGGAGAAGAGCAGUUUAAAGCGGAACCGGCAUAGCACAGGCGAGGACCAGGACAUAAAGAAACCUCGCCGAUCGUCAAGGAUCUCCUCACAAGCUCAGAAGAACGAUGGGCAGCACACGCCGGUGAAGCAGUCGUAUCUGCCUUCGCCCUUGACCCAUAACGCAUCCACCGCUACAGAACCGGUCAAAGAAGCGACAGCAACUCCACCAGAGGGCCGCCCGAGUCAGAUUCGCCAUGUUACUCCCGUAUCGUCUCCCCAACCCAACUUGAACACGCUCUCAUCUCCUCCACAAGACACACAGCCGCUGUCGCAAUUCGUGUUCCCCCCGCGAGAUAUAGAGCCCGAUUUGGAUGACGACGACGGAACAUGGGGAUAUCUCUUUCCCACGGGGUCGGUGGGUCAUCGCUUGACCAUGAAAAGGAGGGCGUUCUGCCCUGCGCCCGAGAAGCCCCUCGAAAUAAGCAGGGAGACGGUCAAGACCAAGAAAAGGGGCAAGACCGAGCUCCUGGAGGCAGAAGACAAAUAUGAGCAUACAAAGGAGCAGGCACCGACAGCUUUCCCGGCCGGCGGGUACCUUAUCGGACGACACCCAGAAUGUGACAUGAUUAUUGACAUUCCAACUGUAUCGAACCGGCAUUGUCUGAUCUUCAACGAAACACGCAAUGGUGAUACCGUGGCUGUCCUGGAGGAUCUGUCCAGCAAUGGCACCUUCGUCAACGAGGCUUUGGUUGGCCGCAACAAGCGAAGAGAAUUGGAGGAUGGAGAUGAAAUCACAAUCUUGGACGAAGCCCGCUUUGUAUUCCGAUACCCCAAGAGCCGCGACUCGAGUGCCUUCAAUUCCCGGUACCGGAUCCUGCAACAGUUGGGCAAGGGACAUUUUGCCACGGUCUACCUGUGUGUCGAGAGAUCCACGGGCUUCAAGUACGCGGUCAAGAAGUUCGAGCGUCGAAUGGGAGAGUCUCAGCGGUCACAAUCUGAAGGAUUACAACAGGAGAUUGCCGUGCUGAUGAGCGUCAGCCAUCCGAAUAUCUUGUGCUUGAAAGAGACCUUUGACGAGCCGGAUGGCGUCUACCUAAUCUUGGAGCUUGCUCCUGAGGGCGAACUAUUCAAUCUCAUCGUGAGCAAACAGAAACUGACGGAAGAAGAGACCCGGAAAAUCUUUAUUCAGCUGUUCCAGGGCACCAAGUACCUCCAUGAACGUGGCAUUGUUCACCGUGACAUCAAGCCGGAGAAUAUUCUUCUCAUAGACAAGAACUUGUCGGUCAAAUUGGCGGAUUUUGGUCUGGCCAAGAUCAUUGGUGAGGAGUCUUUCACGACUACGCUGUGCGGAACACCAAGCUAUGUCGCUCCUGAGAUAUUGGAGAACACCCGUCAUCGGAAAUACACCAAGGCGGUCGACGUCUGGUCGCUUGGAGUGGUGCUGUACAUUUGCUUAUGCGGCUUCCCGCCGUUUUCCGACGAACUCUACUCGCGCGAGAAUCCGUACACUCUUGCACAACAGAUCAAAAUGGGCCGGUUCGACUACCCGUCACCAUACUGGGAUCACAUUGGCGACCCUGCCUUAGAUCUGAUCGACCGCAUGUUGACGGUGGACGUCGAGAAGCGAAUCACAAUUGACCAAUGCCUCGAACAUCCCUGGACGAGGAAUCUCGGUCACAUCAACCCGGCCGAUUCUACCGACGGUUUGACUGGAGCAAUGGGCCAACUGGACUUUUCUAGGCGCAAGGUUCAACGUGAGCGAACGUUGUUGGCCAACAUCAACGAUGUCAGAGUCAGCAAAGUGCUGGACCUGCCUAGAGAGCAAGUCCCUGGCCAACCGCGACCUCCGGCGUCGCCUGUUCAUGUCCAGAUCUGGGAGAAGAACCCUUCUGGAAAGAAUGUCCGGGUGACUGAUGGUGAUGGUCAAGAGAAGGUGGAUGGCGCGGAGAAGAACAACAACAACAAGAAAGAAGCAAAUGGCAGCAAGGAGGAACAUCCUGCUGCUCAUAGGCAAACGGAGGAGUUCAUGCAUAUGGGCGGCAAGGGCGAUAUGCAACUUUUUGGCGAUGAUGUUUCGUCGAGGUAUUUGCCGGAGGAGAAAUCGAAAGACGACAAAUGA